CGGGGCGUGACCCGGAAGCCGACGGCGGGAUCCGCCCUCGCGCAGGGGAGGAGGCCCCGCGGAGCUGACCAGCUGUAGCGCCCUUCAUACCCUCGUCACCCGCUCCACCGUCACCAUGCUCCAGUUCCUGCUUGGAUUUACUUUGGGCAACGUGGUUGGAAUGUAUCUGGCUCAGAACUAUGACAUGCCAAACUUGGCUAAAAAACUUGAAGAGAUUAAAAAGGACUUGGAAGCCAAGAAGAAACCCCCUAGUUCUUGAUGCCCACCAGUGCUGCAUUCUGAAUCCACCGAUCACAUCUCCUGAGGGAGCCGCCUCUAUAACUGCCUCAUCCCAAAGCUUUUGUGUUCCUGUCCAGGCUUGGACCCUGCGUGUUGCCUUGGAGUCACAAUGGGGCCAGAAGUUAAGAAUUGCCCGGUAGCCUUGCCUGCCUCUUCCUGUAUCUUCUUUCCAGCCACUUAGGAGGCUCUAAGACUGGAAUUACGGUGCUAGAUUAGCAAGCACAACUUUUAGUAGUUGCUCGCCUAUCCUUUGGGAUUUCUACUACCUGUUAGUAAAAAGAGAAAUUAAUGAGUUUAGAUACCUGAUCAGAAACAGUAAUGCUGAUUUCACUGUCUAGCAAUUACAGUGGGUGCUUGUUAGACUUUUGUUAACCACAUUUUAUUGUUUCAAAGUAAUUAAAAUUAGAUCUCCAAGCCAGUUUCUGGUGACUUAUCCAUUUGUUUUAUAUUGUUCUCAAGGCGCUCCAUGAUUAAUAAUCUAACCAAUAAAUCAUUUGCUUUUCAUUAACCAAGAAAUUAUAUUUUAAGAAUGCUGUAAGAAACUAGGAAAUUUAAAAACAUGCAAUUAUUUUUGUCUCAGUAGA